GUACGGGUCCCGAGAGGUUGUUGGCGCUCUGGAAGUUAAGUGAAGUCUGGUGGCUCCUGAGGAGUGCAAAAAUAAAAGGCCCUCAACAUUGCAAGUAGCCUAGAGGGAAGUGAGAAAGGAUCUAAAGAUGAAGGCAUUUCAGACCAUCUGCAGACAGCUCAGAAGUUCAAAGGGGUUUUCUCUAGAACCAACCGCCCACGUGGAUUUUUCCACUUCCUCUUAUUCUUGUAGCCGGAAGAAAAAAGUGAACCCUUAUAAAGAAGUAGACCAAGAAAAGUACUCUGAUUUAGUACAGUCUGUCUUGUCAUCCAGAGGCCUUGCUCAGAUUCCAGAAUCAUUGUUUGAGGAAGAUAAUUUACUCUAUGGACCUGUGAGUAAGUGUAAGCCCCCAAAGCAAGAUGAGGAAGCAAAAGCUCCACGAAACUGGUGUCUUCUCUUAAUCCCAGAGAGAAGUGUAAAACCAAAUGCAGCAAGUACUCCUACAGUUCCUUUGAGAAUCCCUUUGCAAAGAAAUACCAUACCAAGUGUGACCAAGAUCCUUCAGCAGACCAUGACAUCAGAACAGAUUUUCUACUUGGAGAGGUGGAAACAGCGGAUGAUUCUGGAACUGGGAGAGGAUGGCUUUGCCGAAUAUUCUUCAAAUAUAUUUUUACAAGGGAAACGGUUCCAUAAAGCCUUGGAAAGGAUACUUGCACCCCAAAGAGACUUGAAAGAGAGUAAUGAGAAUCUCGAAUCUGGAUAUAUCGAAAGUGUCCAGCAUAUCCUGAAAGAUGUCAGUGGAGUGCAAGCUCUUGAAAGCACUGUUCAGCAUGAUACCUUAAAGUAUGUAGGUCUACUGGACUGUGUGGCUGAAUAUCAGGGCAAGCUGUGUGUGAUUGAUUGGAAGACAUCGGAGAAACCGAAACCUUAUAUUCGAAAUACAUUUGACAACCCGCUGCAGGUUGUGGCCUAUGUUGGUGCCAUAAAUAAUGAUGUCAACUAUAGCUUUCAGGUUCAGUGUGGCUUAAUUGUGGUGGCCUACAAAGAUGGAUCCCCUGCCCAUCCGCAUUUCAUGGACACUGAGCUCUGUUCCCAGUACUGGGCCAAGUGGCUUCUUCGACUAGAAGAAUAUACAAAGAAGGAAAAGAACCAGAAUAUUCAGAAACCAGACUAGGGGACAGAAUGAUGUCUGGGAACACUCACUAGUUCCUCACAGUUUGGGAAGAUCUAUUGCUGUUUACGGUAGAGAUGCCACAGGAUCUGAGCUACAUAACCCAAGUGGAAGUAUUUGUUGAAAUGUAUUACAACUAAAAAGAUCAAAAAGCCAGAAAAGUUUAGAUUUUAAGGGUUGGACUUGAGCACAUAAAAGAAGCACAAGUAAGCAUGGUCUAUCAAUUACCUGAAAAAGGGAAGCAGGAUUCACACAGCAUUGGUGGCUCUUGGGGUCCCCUGUAGAACUUUC